AUGGGCGUGUUUCUCUGUCCGUUUGUGGUUGAGGAGGCCUGCCCUCGAGAAGCAGACACGGUCACAUUCGUCACACGAGAGGGAUUCAUUUGUCCUCCUCUCGGGAAAAGGGUCGACGUCUUCCAGCUCUUUUCAAACACCAUACUCUCUCUCUCUCUCUCUCUCUCUCUCUCUCUCUCUCUCUCUCUCUCUCUCUCUCUCUCUCCGCCAUCCCUUGGUGGCGGAGAUGGCUUCUGUUCAUAUCUAUAUAUCUAUCUGCCUCGGUCUGUUCAUAUGUCUAUCUUUCUUGGUCUGUUCAUAUCUAUCUCUAUGUAUCAAUCUGUUUGUUCAUAUCUAUCUAUCUUUCUAUCUGUCUGGGUCUGUUCAUAUCUAUAUAUCUCUGUCCAGUUAUAUCUAUCUCUCUUGGUCUGUUCAUAUCUAUCUAUCUUGGUCAGCUCAUCUAUCUAUCUGUCUGAGUCUGUUUAUAUAUAUAUAUAUAUAUAUAUAUAUAUCUGUCUUUACUCAUAUCUAUCUAUCUCUGUUCAUAUCUAUCUAUCUAUGUUCAUAUCUAUCUAUCUGUCUGUCUCAGUCUGUUCAUAUCUAUCUGUCAAGGUAUGUUCAUAUCUAUCUAUCUAUCUAUCUAUCUAUCUAAGGGAUUACUGA